GCGGCGGCGGCAGACAGAGCCCCGGAGCGGGGCCGCGGCGGGGGCCGGGGGAGGAGGAUGGAGGAGGAGAUGCAGCCGGCGGAGGAGGGGCCCAGCACCCCCAAAAUCUACAAGCAGCGGGGCCCCUACAGCGUCCUGAAGACCUUCCCAGGGAAGCGGGCGGCGCUGGCCAAGCGCUACGAGAGACCCACCAUGGUGGAGGUGCCCCGCGGACGCGGAGCGGGGCAGCCCUUCCCGCAUGCCGCCGAGCCGCUGCCCUACGCGCCCCACGGCCCUUUCCCCAACGGGCCCGCCCGCCCCGCCGCCGCCCCCGGCGCUGCCCAGGGCCACCCCCGCCCGCCGCUACCACCGCCGCCGGCCCCGAGCUCCUCGGGCCGCUACGGCCCCUGCCCGGCGGCGGCUGGGGGCGGCGGUGCGGAGCUGAGCGCAGAGAGUCGAAUGAUUCUGGAUGCCUUUGCCCAACAAUGCAGCCGGGUUCUAAGUCUCUUAAAUUGCGGUGGAAAACUGCUGGACAACAAUCACUCUCAGUCCAUGAUUUCUUGCAUAAAGCAGGAAAACCCCAAUUAUAGUGAAAGACAAGAGCAAUGUCAGCUUGGGAAAAUGGUUCAUAGUCAGACAUCAGACAUUUUAGACAUAGAGAUGCAGUAUAUGCAAAAGAAACAGCAAACCUCAGCCUUUCUGAGAGUUUUUACCGAUUCCCUUCAGAACUAUUUGCUCUCUGGGAGCUUUCCUUCUCAGAACACCUCAUCAGUAAAUGAUUUUAGCCACUUGGCAGAUGUGGAUCCACUUUCAACCUCUCCAGUACACACUUUAGGUGGAUGGACAUCUCCGGCAACAUCUGAAUCUCACGGUCACCCAUCAUCUUCUACACUUCCAGAGGAGGAAGAGGAGGAAGAGGAAGAAGGCUACUGCCCUCGGUGUCAAGAGCUAGAGCAGGAGGUAAUUUCAUUGCAACAAGAAAAUGAGGAACUUCGUAGAAAGUUGGAGAGCAUUCCAGUGCCCUGCCAGACUGUGUUAGAUUAUUUGAAGACUGUACUUCAGCAUCACAACCAGCUCAUGGUACCACAGCCAACAGACCAUCCAACUGAGGGGAGCAAGCAGCUGCUGAACAACUACCCUGUCUACAUCACUAGUAAACAGUGGGAUGAGGCUGUAAAUUCUUCCAAGAAAGACGGACGGCGGCUCCUUCGCUAUCUCAUCAGAUUUGUUUUCACAACCGAUGAGCUUAAGUACUCAUGCGGCCUUGGGAAAAGGAAAAGGUCAGUGCAGUCAGGAGAGACAGGUCCUGAAAGACGUCCUCUGGAUCCAGUAAAAGUAACAUGUCUCAGAGAGUUCAUUAGGAUGCAUUGUACUUCCAACCCGGACUGGUGGAUGCCCUCUGAAGAGCAGAUCAACAAGGUGUUCAGCGACGCCGUGGGGCACGCUCGCCAGGGCCGCGCCGUGGGGACUUUCCUUCACAACGGCAACUCCUACUACGAGGGGACUGACCAGCCGGGCUCACAGGAUGAGGUCUUCAACAGAGGUAUGCAAGAUGGAUCUGGGGACUGAUGGCAGUGAGAAGAGCCUCGUCCUACAACAGUAGCAGCCACUUCACUUAGGAGAGACUGUUUGUUAAACGUACUUCGCCCUGCUGUCAUUUUUAAGAGUCCAAAGCAUGUCUGAACACAUCCUGCAGGCAUUUCAGCUUCUCCAUCCUACUGUGUCCCAGUUAACAGAAAGAAAUCCCAUCUCAAGACCUGCUGUAUGGGACUUCUCAGUGCCUAUUAUUUGCAAAUCCUUUAUAGCAAGCGCCCUUCAAAGGGGAAUUGCAGUUCAUUCCACCUAGCUCUAGAGGAAAGGUCAUUAACAAAACCAACCACAACCAAACAAACCAUAAAAAUGUGAAAUGAAACAGCAGCUACCCUCUCAUCUGCCUGCUGGUAACAAGCCCAGGUCUGGACUCAGAACAGCUGGGUACUCUUUGCUUUCCCUGAGCGGGAGAUGUAAGAGCGAGUCUGCAGGCUUAUAAUAAACAGGGAAGUGGUCUCCCAUUUCCUCACAGAAAAUAACAUAAAUGCUACCUUAAAACACUCCACAAGAUGAAAAAUUCAGGGGCUUCCUUUAGCCAACUCUGCCAGGAAAUUAAGCUUCCCAGGUAGAACAGCAGCGCUCGUCAGCAGCAGCAUCCUUCAAAGAGCCAGAACAGCAACAGGCAUUCUAAUAGAUAAAAAUUGCUUUGUGUAUCAGAUAGACACAGUAUUUAUCUAGAUUUCUAGGGGAUUAGAGUUGAUCAUGACAGUUUUCAUUAAAAGAAGAUGGAGAAAAACAAAUUGCCAUUUCAGAAGAUAGGUUUUGCUUUGUCUGUUCCUAUUCUGCAGCCAUAUUAUGUCGCUUUAGAGGCUCCAAAUUGCCUUUUCCUGGCUUUGCUUUCAUUUGUGUUUUAUACCCAUUCCUUGAAAUAGAUGAGGCAGUGUGCUGCUCUUUAAUAGUCAGAUGCUCACUGCUGCAUUCAGGAAGAGGGGUGGGUAAGAAGAGCCUACUUUAACCUUCUGUUGUAAGGAAGCACACGGUCCAGACUAAAGAGCUGUAAGAAAAAGAGUUGUGCUAGAGCAGAAUUGACAAUGACACAUGACAGUGGAAGCAGAUACCUACUUAAAAAAUAAUCAGUCCACUGAAAACCUUGAAUUUUAAAGUCUUGGAAGUCCAUUGUCCCCUCAAAUUGAUGCACUCCAGAAAUAUGCAAUGCCAAAGAAACGAUGCCCUUUCCUUCCCGUGUCAGGGUGUUUCCAUCUUCUUGCCCUUGUCUGCUCACUCAGGCCAGUUCUGGCACCCUUCAUAGCCUGAACCAGCUCUCCUUGAGGCACUGUUUCCCCACUGUCAGGUACAGGGAACUGGUUUUUGGAAAGAAAGUUCACUUUGCUUUCAACCAUCCUUAGUGCUACCUCAUCAGCUUUGACUCUCCUGAAGGCUUAUCUCACGUUCCCCAGCUUUCCUAACCACCAUGUGCAGGCCACAAAAGAAGCUACUAAUCACUCCUUUUCCCCUUCUCUCCUCCCUGACCUGCAGGAGGCACCCAGUCCCUUCCUCAGAGAUCAGGAAGGGUCCUCUGGGGUGAAGCACUCCUCUAGCUCUGGCAUGACUACAACUAGAGGACCAAGGCAGUCCCUCAAAGAUCAGGAAGGAUCCUCUGGGGUGAAGCACUCCUCUAGCUCUGGCCUGAUCACAACUAGAGGACCAAGGCAGUCCCUCAAAGAUCAGGAAGGAUCCUCUGAGGUGAAGCACUCCUCUAGCUCUGGCCUGACCACAACUAGAGGACCGAGGCAUUCCUUCAAAGGUCAGCUCACCCACAUAAGUCAUCUGUUCCCACCAUCUGCCUCUCUGCCUGCAGUUGUGACCAGUCUCUCACAGCCAGCAUGGGGGACAUCUCAGGAUGUGGACUCCCCCAUGCACCACCAUAAGCAGGACCUCACUCAGCCAGGAUAUGCUUUAGGCCCUU